UGCACGUGGUGCCCUCUCCUAUAAACGCCGCCGCGUCGUGCGUCUUGUUCCCGCUUCCAUAUUCGUCUUCCCCUUGAGAAAGCCCCCGAGAAGAGGAAGCUAGAGGGAACCGGCGGCCAUGGCGGGGCUGAUGGACAAGGCGAAGGAGUUCGUGGCGGACAAGAUCGCGCACAUGCCCAAGCCGGAGGCGACGCUGGACAAGGUGAGCUUCAAGGGCAUGACCCGCGACGCCAUCACCGUGCACAGCCACGUCAACGUCACCAACCCCUACUCCCACCGCAUCCCCAUCUGCGACAUCACCUUCUCCCUCAAGUGCGGCGGCAAGCAGGUGGCGUCCGGCACGAUCCCGGACCCGGGCUGGAUCGAGGACAGCGGCGAGGUCACCAAGCUGGAGGUGCCGGCCAAGCUGCCCUACGACUUCAUCAUCACGCUCAUCAAGGACCUGGGCAGGGACUGGGACAUCGACUACGUGCUCGACGUCGGCCUCACCAUCGACCUCCCCAUCAUCGGCAACUUCACCAUCCCGCUCUCCACCGCCGGCGAGUUCAAGCUCCCCACCAUCGGCGACUUCUUCGGCGGCAACAAGGAACCUGCUACCGCCCACGAGUAGGCAAAGCAACAGUUGUUGGAUCAGAGUCAGAGCUGCUCUGCUCUGCUCGAUCUUGCUUGCUUGCUUGCUUUUCGAUGCCUGUAUGGUGAAGAAUAAUUGGCGAAUAUGCAUCGUUGAAUUUUCCAAAUCCUUGCGUCCUCUGUGAUCUCGAGGAGAUCUGCUUGUCGACAUCACACGCGCAUUCCCAGUAAAUUAAGGUGGACUUCUUCAAUUGAAGAGCAAAUCCCAAAAUUAUCUGCUA